GUGAAUGCUUUGGGCUUUGAUGUGACUAAAAAUUGUGAUUUUGUAAAGAAAGUGAUUUUGUAACCGACAUGGCCAUUUUGUUGGGAUUCGUUGGUUAUUAAGGAUUAAUUUAUUAAUGAGAGAUAAGACAAAUUAGAUCACCUUCGGUCUUCUCUGUCUCUUUCUCCAUAACUCCGCUCCCUUCCUAUUUCAACUCGUUGGUUCAUCUCUGGCCAUUGCUGAUCUUUUUCAAUGCAGGUUUUGUUGGUGGAAACACAAGCACAGUAGAAGAAAUGCAGGCAAACAAAUCCAGCAGGAGAGCAUCGGAACCUCCUCACAGGAUAUCCACUGCAACCACUAGACCUAGUAGUUUAAGCAAGGCAGCUGGAGCAGAUGUUGACUCUACUGCAGGUAUUAAUCAGUCAAGGAAGAUCUCGUCUUACAGAAGCCAAAAGGAAAAUGAGCACCAAUCACACAGUAGUAAUUCAGUGCUUGAGAAGAGGCGUCCAAGCCAGUUUACCCAUCUGGAAUCCCAACUUGGAGAACUCCAAGAGGAACUGAAAAGAACAAAGGAUCAGCUAGCUUCAUCUGAAUCGAGUAGAAAGAGAGCUCAACAGGAAGCUGAAGAGGCCAAAAUGCAACUUCUUAUAAUAUCCUCCAAGUUUGAGGAUUCUCAGCGCCAACUUACAGAGUUGUUAGCAGCCGAAGAUGAUCGAAUACACGAGCUUCGCAAAAUUUCUCAAGAAAGAGAUAAGGCAUGGCAGUCAGAGCUGGUAGCUCUCCAAAACCAGCAGUCAAUUGAUAUGGCAGCUUGGAGCUCUGCCAUAAAAGAGAGACAGAAACUCAAAUCAGAGAUUGAGAUGUUUGUUAGAUCUGAGGCUGCAAUGACCAAACAACUUGAAGCUGCGAAGUUGGAACUGCAGGUUGUAAAAGAAGAAAUUAUGGAGAAAAAUUCUGCCAUGGAGAGGCUAAAAAUUCAAAUUGCAGAAAGAAAAGGUGUUGAAACCAAGGCAAGUGGAAGUUCUAAUGAGACCCAGCUUGAGCUGGAGAAGUCUAAAGCUAGAGUAAAUGAACUUGAAGACAUGGUGAAGAAAUUGCAAGCAGAGCAGCUAACCAGAUUUGGCCAAAAGGGAGAACAGGUGAAUAACAAUCUGCUAUCACUUUCUGCUAACAAAUUAAUCGACAGUCAAAAAACUAUUUCCAGUCAAACAGAAUCUAAACUGGAAUCUGACCUGAAGGAAGCAAAGGCUGAGAUUGCCAACUUGAAAUCAAAACUUGUCAAUAAGGAAUCAGAUCUCAGAAGCAUUUCACACAUGAAUAAGAAGUUGAAUGAUGAGAUAAGGGCACAGGUGAACCAAGUAGAAGCUGAAUUCAGUUCAAAGAUCACACAGGCAGCCAUCGAUAUCUCGGAAUUGAAGGUAAGGCUUGCGGAGAAGGAUGUCGAGCUCGAGAAAUUGUCAGAGGAGAACAAUCUGAUCAAAAUAGACACGGGGAAGAAAGACAUGGAAGGCAUCAAAAGUUAUGAGGCUGAAAUGGAGGCUGAAUUGAGAAGGGUGAAGCUGCAUUCAAAUCAAUGGAGGAAGGCUGCUGAAACUGCUGCUGCUAUUCUUAUGUCAGGAAGCAAUGGAAGGGUGAUUGAGAGAACUGGUUCUCUUGAUCCACAAUAUUUUUAUGAUGGAAAAAACUUGAUGAACUCACCAAAUUUUGAUGAAAUUGGUGGCGAUCUACCAAGGAGUAAGAAUCACAAUGUACUGGCAAUGAUUGGUGGGUUUUGGAAGAAGAGCUAGCUUAAUAACUGGCAUUGAAUUUGGAUUCUGGAACAUGAACAAAGUAUGCAAAUUCUCAUAUUUUCAUCUGAUCGAAUUUCAAAUAAUCUUCCAAAUAUUUGUGUGUGACUAUUUUAAUUCUAAAAUAUCACAUUUCUUCAAUUUAGUGUCUUGAUCU